GUUACUCAAGCAUUGCGAUACUACAUACAAACGUAAAUGUAAACCAAACAUAAUCAUACUAGUUGACAAGCCGGUUCAAUAAAUCAAUAAUAACACAAAUUAAUAUCUCUCGACAAGUAAAGAGAAUGUGAGCAUUUUGGAUUUUUUUUAACAUAAUAAUAUUAUUUAAAUUGGAAUUUACAAUAUUUUUUAUCGCUAAACUAUCAUCAUGGGUUCUGACAAGGUUUUAUACAAAUUAGAUCAUCCCCAUGGUACUGGCAGUGUUUUUGUCAGUUGGAAAGCAGGAAACAGUACACAUUUAGCAACUACAGGUUGUGAUGGAGUAGUUUCUAUUUAUGAUAGACAAGGGGAAGUUCAAGAACGAAUACAAAUAAUGGGAAUGUGUGCUGGAUUUGGUUGGGACUCAGAUGGAGAUAUAUUAGCUAUAAUUGCAAAUAAUUCGUCAAUUAUUACUUUAUGGGAUGCAUCUACUGGAAAAAAAUCUCAUAUAGAUGCUGGUGUACGAGAUUCAUUAACAUGCAUGGCAUGGGCUAAAAAUUCUUGCUGUAUUCUUGCUGUAGGAACUCAAAAAGGAAAUCUUAUUCUUUAUGAUCAUUUGAAUUCUAGGCGAAUUCCUGUACUUGGGAAACAUAGAAAAAAAAUCACCUGUGCUGCUUGGUCAACAGAAGGGUAUCUAGCAUUAGCAGCAGAAGACAGAAUAUUAUCCAUCAGUACACUUGAUGGUGAUACAAGAAAAGAAAUUCCUCUUCAAGGAGAUCCACAUGAUUUGCAAUUUGGAGAAAUGAAAUCAGAUAAUCGAGCUAAUGGAGAAAAUACAAUAUCAGUAAUCGUUGGAAAAAUUACACUACUCCUCUAUAAUACUAGAGAUCCAGAUAAUCCAAUUGAACUGGCCUUUCAAAAAAGAUAUGGACCAAUAGUAGCUUACAAGUGGUAUGGAGAUGGUUACAUAAUGCUAGGAUUUGAAGCUGGAUACUUAGUUUCAAUAUCUACACAUAUCAAAGAAGUAGGUCAAGAAUUAAUUCAAAUAAAAAAUCAUCGUGAUUCCUUGAACGGUAUCUCAUUAAGUCUUACAGCGGAAAAAGUAGCAACAUGUGGAGAUAAUACAAUAAAAAUACAUAAUAUAAAUCGUUUAGCAGAAACAGAAAAAGUCAUUACAGUGAGUGGUGAAGCUGGAGUUUCAAGUAUUGAAUGGUCUGCUGAUGGUACCAUGCUUGCUGCUGUUACUCACAGUGGUAACAUAUUGAUAUAUUUAGCACAAAUCCCGAAAUUAAUAAGUGUCUGUGGAAAUCGGAUAGCUUUAUUGACUAGUUUAACAGAAGUUGUUGUACAUCUUUAUACUUUGGAUAAAGAUAAGCCAGAUCCACAGAUAUUUAAUACAAUUAUUGAACCAGCUAUAUUAGCAGUUGGACCAAUGCAUAUGGCAGUUGCUUUGAAUAAUCGAGUUUUAUUUUGGAAUUUAUCUGAAAAUAUUACUGACACAACCAAUCAAUCUAUGAGCUUUGAACGAGAUUAUUUAGCAACUGUAGAUGGUAUUCGUUUGAAUGAAACAUACACUUCUGUAUUAUUUGAUGGAAAAAUUCAAUUACAUUCGAUCAAAAGUGAUCCAACUUUGGUGAACGAAGGAAAAGAUUCAAAAAUAUUUUCUGAUCAAAGUUCUUCUAAUGGUAAAAUAACCUGUCAUGCUCUUACUUCAGAUUUUUUACUAUACGGAACCGAUAUGGGUAGAAUAGUUUAUUUUCAUAUUGAAACAUUUAAUAGUUCAACAGAAUAUUCCCAUAAAAGUGGAAUUAAAAAUAUAUAUCUAGAUGCUAAUGGAACAAUAGCGUGUUUCAUUGAUGAUAAAGACCAAGUUUUUAUUCAUGAUCCUGUGAAUGAAAAAGUCAUGCAAGUACCAGAACCUCCGGAUGAUAUUGAAGGAGUUAUUUGGGAUCAAAACAUAUGCGAGAGAUCAAUAUUUGCUAUUUACAACAAGUUAAAUAUUGUUACAUAUAUUUUUGUUAAAUAUCAUAUUGAUGGAAGUAAGGUAGAAAAAAUAGCAACCACCAAACUUCCAUCUGAAACCGUACCAGCUUUAAUGUACAGUGGAGAAUUAACACUUGGUAUGGCAGGUGGAAAAAUUUUUCAAAUUACUCUAGCAUCUCAUCAAGACAUUGGUAAUAUUGUUGAGAAUAAAAAAAUAAUAGAAAUUCUUGAAAAUCAAAUGAAAUGUCGUAGGUAUCAGAAAUGUUUUGAAACAUGUAUGAUGCUAAAUGACAAAGAUUAUUGGCUUAAAUUAGCGACACAUGCACUUGAGAAUUUAGAUAUUAACACCGCGAUUCGAGCUUAUCGACGAAUUGAAGAUGUUUCGAUGGUUUGGGCUUUAGAAAAGAUCAUUAAUAUUGAAGAAUUAAAUUUACUAUCUGGACAUGUUUGUACAUUAUUAGAAAAGUAUAAUCAAGCAGAAAAAUAUUUUCUUGCAUCGUCCGAACCAAUAGAGGCCUUAUAUUUACGUAGAGAUUUAAUGGAAUGGGAGCAAGCUUUAACUUUAGCUAAAAAAUUACAACCUGAUGAGAUACCAUUUAUUUCCAAAGAAUAUGCGCAACAGUUAGAGUUUACAGGAAACUAUUCAUUUGCUCUAAUUAAUUAUGAACGUGGUUUAUCAGAAAUUAAUAAGAAUACAAUUAAUGAAGUACAAUACCGCAAUCAUUAUGCACAAUGUAUGGCUGGUAUAGCUAGAACAUCAAUAAGAUGUGGUGAUAGCCGUAGAGGUGUAGCUAUUGCUAUGGAUAAUGAAAGUUCAAGGUCAUUAAAAAAAGAUUGUGCUGAAAUUCUAGAGAAUAUGAAACAAUUCAAUGAUGCUGCUAUUCUCUAUGAAAAAGCUGAAUAUUUUGACAAAGCUGCUUCUGCUUACAUAAGACUAAAAAAUUGGGUAAAAGUUGGACAACUAUUACCGCACAUUUCAUCUCCAAAAAUAAAUAUUCAAUUUGCAAAAGCUAAAGAAAAUGAAGGACAUUAUGAUGAAGCUGCAAAAGCAUAUGAAGCUGCUAAAGAUUAUGAUAAUAUUAUUAGAAUUAAUUUGGAGUAUUUAAAUAAUCCAGCUCGAAGUGUUGAAAUAGUCCAACAAACAAGAAGUAUUGAAGGUGCAAAAAUGGUCGCUCGAUAUUUCCAAAAGAUGAAUGAUUAUAAUUCAGCUAUUAAGUUUUUAAUAUUAUCAAAUUGUCAUGAUGAAGCCUUUCAACUAGCUAAUCAACAUGGAAAAAUGGAAUUAUAUGGAGAAAUAUUAACAAAUAAUCUAGAUGAUACUAACGUAAGAUUAGAAGAUUUUAGGAGUCUUGCCAUACACUUUGAAUCACAAAAAAAUAGUUUAUUGGCUGGUAAAUUUUAUUAUUAUGCCAAGGAGUAUCAUAAAGCUCUAAAACAUUUAAUAAAGGCAGCACAACUCACUACUGAUGAUGAUGCUGCACUUUCAUUAGCAAUUGAAACAGUAGCAUCAUCUAAAGAUGAUAAGUUGAUCAAUCAACUGAUUGAUUUUCUUCUUGGUGGUGAUGGCCUACCAAAAGAUCCGAAAUACUUAUUCCGAUUGUAUAUGGCUACAAAGAAAUAUAAGGAAGCUGCAAAAACAGCAAUAAUUAUCGCUAAUGAAGAACAAAUAAAUGGCAACUAUCGAAACGCACAUGAUGUUUUAUUUGGAAUGUAUGUUGAAUUAAAACGUAAUUCUAUCACAAUUCCUUUAGAAAUGACUGAAAAUUUACGACUAUUACAUUCUUAUAUCUUAGUACGACUACAUGUAAAGAAAAAUGAUCAUUUGAAAGGUGCAAGACUCCUCAUACGAGUUGCUAAUAAUAUUUCAAAGUUUCCUUCACAUAUUGUACCAAUUUUAACAUCAACUGUUAUUGAAUGUCAUCGAGCUGGAUUAAAGAAUGCUGCAUUCAAUUAUGCUGCAAUGCUUAUGCGUCCUGAAUAUCGGUCUCAAGUGGACGCUAAAUAUAGCAAAAAAAUAGAAGCCAUUGUCAGAAAACCACCGAGAACGAAAGAUCAUGAAGCUGAAGAUGAACCAUUGUCACCUUGUCCUUAUUGUAAAAAUCGCAUUCCAGAAACGGCUAUAACCUGUGAUAAAUGUAAAAAUACCAUUCCAUUUUGUAUAGCAACGGGUCGUCAUAUAGACGAGAAUGAUUUUACUGCGUGUCCUCAAUGUGAUUUUCCAGCUAUAAAGAGUGAAUAUUUAAGAAUAAUAGAAACUGAAGAAGUAUGUCCUAUGUGCAGUGAAAGAAUAGAUAUAAAAACAGUACCUCUCAAUCUCAAUAUCCGUCCAUAUCUCGAUCUUCAUGAUGAAAAAACUCGAGAUAUAUAAAGUAUUUUAAUGUUAUUAUAAUAAGUAAGACAACGAAACCGUCCUUAACAUAAUCAAAAAUUACUUAUAUUAUAUAUUUAAAGCAUGUU